GCCGGGGGAGCUGCGCAUUGGCUGCUUCAUUCCCCGAGUGUAGUAACCGCUCCCCUAGUUCCGGGUGGUUUGUGGCCCCGCCAUGGCCGCGGCUCGGGAUAAGUACUCGGUGCUGCUGCCCACCUACAACGAGCGCGAGAACCUGCCGCUCAUCGUCUGGCUGCUGGUGCGGAGCUUCCAAGAGAGUGGAAGCAACUUUGAAAUUAUAGUCAUAGAUGAUGGAAGCCCAGAUGGGACACGGGAAGUUGCUGAACAGUUGGAAAAGAUAUAUGGUUCAGAUAAAAUUCUUCUAAGACCCAGAGCAAAAAAGCUGGGAUUGGGCACUGCGUAUAUUCAUGGAAUGCAGCAUGCCACAGGGAAUUUCAUUAUUAUUAUGGAUGCGGACCUCUCGCACCAUCCAAAAUUUAUUCCAGAGUUCAUCAGAAAGCAAAAAGAAGGUAACUUUGACAUUGUGUCUGGAACUCGGUAUAAAGGAAAUGGAGGUGUGUAUGGCUGGGAUUUGAAAAGAAAAAUAAUCAGUCGUGGUGCCAACUUUGUAACUCAAGUUUUGUUGAGACCAGGUGCAUCAGAUUUAACAGGAAGUUUCAGGUUAUACAGAAAGGAGGUCUUGCAGAAACUAAUGGAAAAAUGUGUUUCUAAAGGAUACGUCUUCCAGAUGGAGAUGAUUGUUCGAGCUAGACAGUUAGGAUACACUAUUGGAGAGGUUCCUAUAUCAUUUGUGGACCGUGUCUAUGGAGAAUCUAAACUGGGAGGCAAUGAAAUAGUGUCUUUCUUAAAAGGACUGUUAACUUUGUUUGCAACUACAUAAGAGCUUACCCUAAGUUAAUUCUUAUUUAAAAUGCAACAUUCUUAUGAGUUAAAUGUAAUUUUUAAAACAUAUUCAGUUGUACAAGCUUGCUGCUUUGCCUAGUUACCAGGAGACCAAUCACCUAUUUGUGAUUAAGUGAACCAACAAUAAUAAAGCAAAUAAACUGUAUCACCAGAAUAUUAUUUUCAAAUUAAAUGAACUAGUGUAUUUAUGAACAAUGUAUACUAACGAAAACCCACGCAGUACUGUUUUUUGUAUGAAUAAUGAAGUGUUAAUAAAUUAGACCACACUUCAGUUCUGGGCUAUACAUUUUUGUAUCAUGAGAUCUUUCUCUUAUGUGCAUGAAAAUUAUAAAGUGUGCAAAUUACCAAGA